AUGUCUGCUUCAAUGAAGGAAUGCCUUCAACUUCAGCUGCUGGAGAUGGAAAUGCUGUUUUCUAUGUUUCCUAACCAAGGAGAAGUAAAACUUGAAGAUGUCAAUGCCCUGACGAAUAUAAAGAGAUAUUUGGAAGGCACAAGGGAGGCACUGCCACCAAAAAUCGAAUUUGUGAUUACACUCCAGAUCGAGGAGCCCAAGGUGAAAAUUGACUUGCAAGUAACCAUGCCUCACAGCUACCCCUAUGCAGCACUGCAGCUGUUCGGACGGUCAUCCGAACUUGACAGACAACAGCAGCUCCUUCUCAACAAAGGUCUCACUUCUUACGUAGGGACUUUUGACCCAGGUGAGCUCUGUGUGUGUGCGGCCAUCCAGUGGUUGCAGGACAACAGUGCCUCCUACUUCCUGAACAGGAAGCUCGUGUACGAACCGUCUACACAAGCAAAGCCGGUCAAGAACACAUUCCUGCGAAUGUGGAUCUACAGCCACCAUAUAUAUCAGCAGGACCUACGGAAAAAGAUUCUGGAUGUCGGGAAAAGGUUAGACGUGACAGGAUUUUGCAUGACGGGAAAGCCGGGGAUAAUCUGUGUGGAAGGCUUCAAAGAGCACUGUGAGGAAUUCUGGCACACAAUUAGGUAUCCCAACUGGAAACACAUUUCCUGUAAGCAUGCCGAAAGUAUCGAAACAGAAGGAAAUGGGGAGGACCUGCGCCUUUUCCAUUCUUUUGAAGAAUUACUUCUUGAGGCCCAUGGUGACUAUGGCUUAAGGAAUGACUAUCACAUGAAUCUGGGCCAGUUCUUAGAAUUUCUCAAAAAACACAAAAGUGAGCAUGUUUUCCAGAUAUUAUUUGGUAUCGAAAGCAAAAGUUCUGACUCCUAGGAAGCUAUUAAGAGACCUAUGCUUGUAAUCUCGCUAAGUUAGUAUUUCUGUUAAUAAGACCAAAAUAAAAGGACCAGUUAAGCAUCAUCUGUGGGGAACCUAGCUCCAGCAUUUUCCCCUGGAAAUGAAACACAGAAGGCUUUUAACUUUAUAACAGUGCAAUUGUGAUGUUACCUCUAUGUUCUUGUGUUAAUUGAAAGCUAUUUAAUGGUAAAUUAAUAAAAACCUGUCAGUUAAACCAGUGAAGCUAAUUUGAUUAAAAAGGAGUCCAAAGCCCAGUUUAAUGGCAGUCGUCAAAUUGCAGCUCCGAACUCACAAAUAUGAAUAACAUUUCUCCUUUUCAUGUUGCUAGCAUGCAGGUGACACCCCACAUUUUUCUAAGUCAAGUUUAAAAUCAGAACAAAGAGAGAGCACGUGUUUACCACGUUUCUCACUUAAACUCCCUGUUUGGGGUUUUUUCUUUUCAUAAAGCCAAAUCCUAACUGUAAUGGUGGUGAC